UUCCAAAACAGACGUUGCAACAGAUGAUGUUGUGUGGUGUGCGUCCAAAUCGCAGCUUGCACGGAGAAAUGGCUUGGUGGACUCGGUCGCUGGCUACAAACUGCAUCUGGCCCUGCUGCCAUGGGCUGUUGUCGUUUUGUUUGGAAGGCGUUCGAUGCAGCAGUGGGAUGAAGAUCGAGAUGCCAGAGUGGGCUAUGGCCGGCUUCUUCCCGACUCUUUCAACAACUGGCACGAAUGCCAUCUAUGAUGGCGUUGCCGGGGAUCAAUUCUCUCCAUGUCACACUUACUAUGGCGUCUGUAUCAUAAAAGCCGAGCUAUUCGACGGUGUUCUGGAUCCGGAAAGAAAGGUCGCAAGAGCUAUGGGUUGUUCAGUUCAACUGCCAUUAUGAGCACAGUCGAUGGACCCUCCCUCUUUCUCGUCAAUCAACUUAUCCAUUUCGAGGAUCCAUGGAGCGGCGCUGCUCUCGUUCCUUCCAGUUAUAUGUUAUAUCAAAAC